UUUCUUUGGGUUUCACCGGCAGCUAAAUAUUUUGCUGUCCACGCAGCAGCGGCUGCAUCCCAUUGAUACGUUGCAGAAUUUUUUCGUGGGAAGACCUGAUAACACUAACAAAGUAAAAUCAAGAUUUGCAACGAAACUGCUAAUUUUUUCCCCCUUAUAUUAAUCAGAAGCAAAUAGGCUUUCCUGUGUUUAUAUUUCAACCCCCGAUUUUGUUAACAUUUAUGAAUGCAAAUCUAGAAGACUUCCCACGACCAUGCUCGACUUCGUUAUAUUCGCUGUCUUUUUCGUUGUGACUUUAAUAAUUUCAAUAAUUUACCUUUAUCCAGGUUCAAGACGACCAACUACAAUCCUGGGACUUGAACCAUCUUCCAAACAAGAUGGAAAUUUGGCUGACAUUAUUCGCUCUGGAAGUCUUCAUGAAUUUCUAAUCAAUAUACAUAAGCAGUAUGGUUCCAUCACUUCUUUUUGGAUGUCAAAUUACCAAAUUAUCAGUCUGGCAUCUCCAGAACUUUUCAAGAACCAAAAGAAAAUUGUUGACCGAUCAAGUGAAGUCUACUUGCUGUUUGAACCACUUUUGGGAUCGGAAAGCCUUUUUAAUGGUGAUGAAUCAGGAAAGCAACGGAGAAUUAAAUUUACAAAGUCUUUGAAUGAAAAUUCCAUCAAAACACAUUCCACCAUUAUAGCAAAGAUUACUGAUGAAUUACUGACAAAAUGGUCAGUGAUGAGCGAUCAACAUAUUCCUGUAGAGGAGCACAUGAUGGCUUUAGCAAUUAAAUAUCAAGUCCUUAGCACAAUUGGUGACACCUUCAAAGACAACAUGGGGAUUUUCACAUUGCGGAGGAAUUUUGAUACGUGUUGGUAUGAAAUUCAGAGAUGCCUGCAGGAUCUGGCUGAACCAGAGUCUCAUCGGAUACAAGCUUUUAAAGAAGCUCAGAAUUUUCUUGAGAAAUAUCUGCAAGAUGCUGUUACAAAGCGCCGUGACCAGCCAACCGUUUCUCCAGAGAAUUCCUUGCUAAUUGAUUUCUUGUUGAAGACUGAUGCAGCUGAUAGUGAAAUAGUUAUGGACCUCUUCAUGACAAUGAUGUUUGAUUUUCAUACUCUUGGCUGCUUGUUGACUUGGUUGUUAUAUUUCCUUGCUACUCAUAGUGAUGUACAAACCAAACUUACAAAAGAAGUACAAACUCUGACAGAUGAUGAAAUUACUCCAGAGAAUCUUAAAAAAUUGAAAUAUCUGAAGCAAGUGUUGGAUGAAACUCAUCGAUGUGCUGUGUUAAUUCAAUGGUCUGCCUACACCCAGAGUUUUGAUGGAGAACUUGAAGGACAUAAAAUUCCCAAAAAUACUCCUAUCCUUCAUGCUAUUGGUGUCCUAAUGCAAGAAGAACAAUAUUGGCCUCUUCCUACUCAGUUUGAUCCAGAAAGAUUUGCUGAGGAUAAGGCCAAAUCUGGUUUAGUUUUCCAACCUUUUGAUAUUUAUGGCAAAAACGGAGAUCCAAAGCGUGCACUAAAUUAUGUAUGUGCCAGCAUUUGUAUCACAAAGAUUUUGAGAAUGUUCCGCUUGGGUCUUGUUAAAGGUCAGGUUGUCACUCCUGUUUACGGACUGGUUACUAAACCAGAUGAUGAAAUCUGGAUUACGGCACAAAAACAUACAAAGCAAUCCUAAUGACUAAUUUACAUAAAGAAAUUUUAUUCUUUCUUAUUAAGAAAAAAAUAUAAAUUUAUCCAUCAAAUUAGGUCCUGCAAACAGAAUGAUGAAAAAAGAAAAAAAAGCCAAUUGUUCUUUAAGUAUUAACCAGUUUGCUGAAAGUUCCACAUGUAAUGAAUACAUCAGCGGAUUUGUUGAUUAUAAGUUUGAACUUUCGCAUACAUGUGUGCGAAUAUUGCCAUGUUAAACUAUGCAAAAUUGAGUGGCUAUUCAUAAGAUGACCAAAAGAUCUUAGGCUAAUACAGGGAAUGAUUAAAAAGCCUUAGACCUCUUAUGGUGAAUUAACUUGAAAUCGUUUGCUUAUGAUAGGGUGAUCUGUUUUCAUUGUUUUGGCGCUUAUACAAGCAUAUAUGAUCUCUUAAACACAAAACAGAUACGCACGAAUGAAUACACAUUUAUCUUAUAUCUAUUUUUUUUUUCUUUUUUACUUUUCUUUUUUUCUUUCUCCUUUGCAUUUGCUAUUCUCACUUUUUGACUGACUACUUUAAAGGAAUCAUUAUCACUAUUUUUGGAAGUUUUCUGCAAUUGGGUGAUGUAAGGGAUGUUGAAUCUGUCUUAUUCCUCUUCACUAUUAUUUAUCAGUUAAAUAUGCUUGUUAAAAUGAAGUUUUUUUUUGUUUUUUUUUCUCACCUACUGGAUAAGUUUUUUCACUUGUUAAUUUGACAUUUUAGUAAACAAAAGCAUCUUGUACAAAAAAGAGAAACUAUUUUGCUUGGAUUAUAUACAUAUAAUAUACAUUUAUAAAACUU